AUGACGAGUCACCAAGUGAAAAAUCAGGUGAGAGACACAGUUGAGGAAGGCUUCGACAACCUCCACAGGGUUGCCGACGUCGUGACUUUUCCUUUGGCCCCUCUGGACGGUGCCAUUCACGGCACGGCCCGAGGGGUCGUCAACUGGCUCACAGAUACCCAUCCUGAUAGAUCCAAGUCCAAGCAAAUUCCUAAUGGCGCUGGCUACGGUGGCGGACAUGGGGGCGGCUAUGGCGAUGGCGGAAACGGCAGUGGAUAUGGUGGAAAUCCCAACCGCAGAACUUUCAACUUUAAAGGGAAUGAGGUUAGCAACAACGAGGGCCCAACUUAUGGAUUUAACAACUUUGGCAACAGGCGUGGUGGCGGCCCCUACAGUGGCGGUUCUGAAUUCGGCUUUGAGAACAAUAAACUGAACGGGAACAAGGGCCACACUGAGGGAUUUAACGACUUUGCCAACGAAUACUGA